CAAGCUUCCGACGCCCAACUCCGUCACCAGGGUCUCUCAGUCGAACAAGUGGAGCAGAGAGUGUGACGAAUGGCCUCCUCCACAGCAGCCGCCACCUCCCCGUUCUUGGGCACCCGCCUACCCGAGCACAGCCUAGCCAAGGCGGUCGGCCGGUUCCAGGCCCAGUUCGGAUUCGGCAGCAAGAAGUCCCGGCCCAAGAAGGCCAAGGCCCCACCGAAGUCGGACCGGCCGCUGUGGUUCCCGGGCGCCAAGGCACCGGAGUGGCUCGAUGGCUCGCUCGUCGGCGACUACGGAUUCGACCCCUUCGGCCUGGGCAGGCCGGUCGAGUACCUUCAGUUCGACUUCGACUCGCUGGACCAGAACCUGGCGAAGAAUCCGUCCGGAGACGUGAUCGGGACCCGGACGGAGAGCGUCGACGUGAAAUCCACCCCCUUCCAGCCGUACUCUGAGGUGUUUGGGCUGCAGCGGUUCCGCGAGUGCGAGCUCAUCCACGGUCGGUGGGCCAUGCUCGCCACCCUCGGCGCCCUCGUCGUCGAAUGGCUCACCGGCGUCACUUGGCAGGAUGCUGGCAAGGUAGAGUUGGUGGAGGGCUCCUCGUACCUCGGCCUCCCUCUCCCCUUCAACAUCACCACGCUGAUAUGGAUCGAGGUGCUGGUGAUCGGCUACAUCGAGUUCCAGAGGAACGCGGAGCUCGACCCCGAGAAGAGGCUGUACCCAGGCGGCAAGUACUUCGACCCCCUCGGCCUGGCGGCCGACCCCGAGAAGAAGGCCUCCCUGUCGAGCCAUCCCUUCCUUCCGGAGAAGGCCAAGUUCUACGGAGAGCUGGAAGCUGCCGUCGAUGUUGUGGAGAGAGCUUGCCGCCUCUGCGUCGAUGUGAAGAAGUCGCUGCUGUCCGAUAAAGGCCGGAUUCUUGAAAAGAACGAUCAGACGCCUGUAACAAUCGCGGACUUUGGCGUGCAAGCGCUGAUCAGCUUGGAGCUGAAGAGACUUUUUCCAUCUAUACCAUUGGUGGCCGAAGAAGACUCCGGUUUCUUAAGAUCAAAUUCUGGAGAUCUGCAGAGAGUUCAUGGCCACGAUGGUAACUCCCUUGUGAACUUGGUGUUGACUGCAGUUGCUGAUAAAGCCACUGGUGCUGAUGAUCCUUUAACUUCUGAUGUUGUGUUGGAGGCUAUUGAUAGAGGGGGGAAGGAUGCAGUCUCUUUUGAUGCACAGCCUGCUACUUAUUGGGUGCUUGACCCCAUUGAUGGUACUCGGGGUUUCUUGAAGGGCAAUGAUGCACUAUAUGUGGUGGGCUUGGCUCUUGUUGUUGAUGGAAAAAUUGUACUAGGUGUGAUGGGCUGUCCGAACUGGAAAGUAGACAUUCUUUCAUCUGGGAUUCAUGAUAGGAAAACUGGUGACUGUGAAACAGGGAUAAUCAUGAUUGCUCAUGAAGGCUGUGGAACAUGGACAAGGAGAUUAUUUGAUGGCAUGGACAAAUUUUUAAGCAUGCAGGGUGGUUGGCAGCAAUGCUUUGUCGAUAGCUGCUAUAUGGUGCAUGAGGCACGUUUUUGUAUCCCUGAUAGUCAAACCUGGGAUUUAAUUCCCCUGUCAGCAUUUUUUAGUUCAACUGUUGAUGAUACCAAAGAUAGAGAUAGAGGAACGAUACUUCUAUUGCCAACUUGUUGUGGCAGCUUGUGCAAGUACCUUAUGGUGGCAUCUGGAAGAGCUUCUGUUUUCAUUCUGCGAGCCAGGGCUCAAACCAGUAUUAAGGUUUGGGAUCAUGCUGUAGGAGUUAUCUGCAUACAGGAAGCAGGAGGAAAAGUCACGGAUUGGAUUGGAACUGAGCUAGACCAUGCAGCUGAUGAAGCAGGCCGGAGAAUCAUAUACCCGUCAGGUACCUAAAAGAGUGUUUCAGAGGCAAUUUAUGAGCAAGAAACUUGCUUCAAGAGAAUUUGCACCAGUUUCCACUCACUGGGAGUAGUGAAUGAAGUAAAGAAUUGAUGGGCGCUAUGAAAUUUCAGAAGCUUGUCGAGUUGAGAAUCUAUAAGAUCAGAAGUCUAAUCAGGGAAGAAUGUAUCCGUGGACGCUAAACAUGACCCAUCAUAACAGUGAAGAGCCAAUCACAGGAAAACAUAUAUUGUUUCCCGCACCCACAGCAAACUUGGCAGCUUUUUUCCAAGAGGAGAGAAAGAAAGCAGUAUUCGCGUCCGCAGCUGGACGUAGAUGAGGAUUGCAAGAAAGGUAUGUAUGGAUGGAAGGCAUGGAGCGUGAUCAAGUGAGCUUCCUUGGGACGGUGGGCACGCACGCACUUGGUCGUGUGAAUCGGUGGCGAGGGCAGAUUCCAAGAGCGCACUGCCACGCAACAGCCUCCCGAGAGAAACCGUGAUCGACGAACAAGCUUGCAAGCUUGAGCUGUCAAUAUGGGGCAACCACCAACACACACACACACACUUACAGGAGAAGAAACGGAGAGAAAAAGUAGAGAUGGGGAGCGAAGGAAGCGCAUACUGUUGGAUGGAUCUGCUGCCGUCGCUUGCCAUGACGAAGCACAUUCUCUCGUAGCAGAGUGACUGUCACCUGUAAUUUGUGUAGCUACUUGUGGACUGCAUCACAAGCUUGACAAAUCAUGGAUUCUAAUACUAGCUCGUCGCACAAAGCUUCGGAUGGUACCCGCAUCGGUCAUUCGCCUUGUAAAUUUGCAGUUGGACAUCGAAGGUUGCCAUUGGCUCGGUGAGUUGCCUGAGGAUUUCAGUAAUGUGAAAAGCUGGCCAUCGGAAGGAUGUGCCUCCUUGACUCGAAUGCUAUGUGGAUGGGUUCGCUAAAGUUGACGAUGCUCUCGGAAGUGGCGUCUCGGAGUUGCAUGCGUUGACAGAUCUUACAGAGUUAUCUCCAUGCAACCGCCAACGAGCGUCAAACUUGGAGGAUGAACCGAUGGCAAAGCUACCGGAGAAGUGCAUGGUGGCGCAUUUGAAGCUUCGAUGUACAUGGUGUGAUCUGACACCCUGUCAACGCUGCUGCAGCUACUUAGAAUGCUACUUGAAUGCCAGUUGCAGUUAGUUUAUUUGACCAGCUCUUAAUUCGAGGUUAAAAAUGUAUUUUUUCUAUCA